AUGAUCCCACUGAUCGAUGCACAGCCGAGCAUGGCAUUGGAUUGGAGGAUCGGAAAGAUAAAUUGCAAAGAAGCACAGCAGGAUCUCGCUAACUUCGUAUGCCGAGAUAAUAUUGAUUGUGUUGAUUUUGAUGCUACGCUUGGAGGGUACCUCUGCAACUGCUCCAAAGGAUACACAGGCAAUCCUUACCUCAAUCCAGGGUGCCGAGAUAUUGAUGAAUGCGCUGAUAAUACCACCAAUACAUGCGUCUCAAAUUCAACUUGCCAAAAUGGUCCGGGAACAUUUCACUGCUUGUGCCCAAAAGGGUAUACUGGUGAUGGGAAAAAAGAUGGCACAGGAUGCUUUCCGCAGCCGCCAUCCAAAACCAAGAUGAUUAUCUUGACAGGUAUAGGCUCUGGAUUGGGGUUUCUUCUUCUAGUUUCAGUGUUCUUUUGGUUGUAUAAAUUGUUGCGAAAGAGAAAGGAAAGAAUGGUAAAAGAUAAAUUCUUCAAGCGAAAUGGCGGUCUUCUCUUGAAACAACAGACGAAUGAAGGUGCACUUGGAAAAACAAAAGUUUUCCCGGCAAAAGAGUUGGAGGUGGCUACGGAUAACUUUAAUGAGAGCAGAAUUAUUGGACAAGGAGGGCAAGGCACUGUCUAUAAAGGAAUGUUAUAUGAUGGUAAGAUUGUAGCGAUUAAAAAAUCAAAGCUGGUCGAGUUGAAUCAGUUGGAACAGUUCAUAAAUGAAGUGGUGAUACUAUCGCAGAUCAAUCAUAGGAAUGUGGUCAAACUAUUGGGGUGUUGUUUGGAGACUGAGGUUCCUUUGCUUGUUUACGAAUUCAUGCCAAACGGCACACUAUUUGAUCUAAUACAUGAUCCAAGUAGUGAAUUUCCAUGUACAUGGAACAUGCGUUUGAAAAUUGCAGCAGACAUAGCAGGGGCAGUAGCGUACUUACACUCUGCAUCUUCUGUGCCUAUCUAUCACAGGGAUAUUAAGUCAAGAAAUAUCCUCCUUGAUGAAAAGUAUGUUGUCAAAGUAUCAGAUUUUGGAACAUCGAGGUCCGUUGCUACAGAUCAGACUCACUUAACUACUGUGGUUAAAGGGACGUUUGGAUAUUUAGAUCCAGAAUAUUUUCGGUCGAGUCAAUUCACAGAAAAGAGCGAUGUUUAUAGUUUCGGGGUAGUUCUUGUCGAGCUUCUUACUGGGCAAAGGCCAAUAUCUCUUGAUAAAACAGAAGAGGAAAGAGGUCUAGCAACACGGUUCCUUACAUGCAUGGAAGAAGAAUGCAUGGAUACGAUUUUAGAUCCACAAGUUCGGGAGCAAGGAAGAAAGGAGGAGGUGAUCCUAGUUGCAAAGCUUGCACAAAGAUGUUUGCACUCAAAAGGGAGAAUGAGACCAACUAUGAAAGAAGUUGCUACUGAAUUGGAAAGUUUUAGGAUGUCUGACAUGUCGAGUGGUAUUAAUGUUGAAUCAGAAGAUGUGAGAUCUUUUGAAGAUAUGUCUGCGAUGAUUUCAGACACUGAGUACACAUGGACGAAUAGUUAUAAGAGUGCUUUCACAUCAUCAUCAGACACACAUCCGUUAGUGUUAUCUGAAAGUGUAUCAUAAUAUAGACACAUUUAUAGUAGACUCAAAUAAGAUGAUCAAGACUUGGUUCUAUGCGACCUCUGAGAUUGAAGAUAGGAAUAUUUACAAUUAUUUUUAAGUUUUUUUAUCAAAUGUUGUGGAUCUUUUAGAUUUGUGGUUUGUUUAAUGUCAUUAGUCUAA